AUGCGUAUUCUCUUACUCUUUACAGUCCUUGCACUUCCACUAGGUCUCCUGGCUGGCCCUCAACGGGUGCCAGACCAUCCCAAACAACCCGAAGAGGCACCUAAACCCGUCCAGUCGUCUCAACCAACACCUCCACCGCAGCAACAAGGGAGUCCUCAGCCUUCACAGAAACCAUCAUCGGCUCCACCAGCUGGGCAAGGUCCCCCAUCGGGGCAACCGUCAUAUGUCCUCCCGCCCAAACCCCGUACGUGUCAGCAAAAUAUACUGCCUAUCUCACCGUAUGAAACAAGGCAGCGGUGGGAUAGAUUUGUAGUCGCGCUUCUUUACGACAAGAAUGUUACUACAGCGUUCAGUUAUAUCGUCCAGGACUAUGUCAAUCACGCUGUCGGCGUCGAGCAAGGCUUCGAGCCCGCUUGGAACUUUGUGUCUAUGAUCUGGACUACUCAAUCGGCAAAUAUCAUUGCAGACAAAACGUGGUUUAACAGAUCAUCUGAUAUAGCUUGGCAAAAGUACACCGUGGGGAAGUUCAACAUUGUCGAUCGGUUUCGCUGGGAUCGCGGCUGUAUCGUCGAGCAUGUAAGUUGGACACCCGCUUCUAUGUACUGGAGCAAUCAAUGA